AGCCGGCGGACCCCCAGCCGGCAAUUACGCGCGAUUACGAAGGCGGCCGCUUACGAAACGGCGGUUUACUAUCGCGUGAUAAAACCACCGCGGAGCUUGCCACUUCCUUUUGCCGCGACAGCACAGCGGCAACCAACUGGCCCACGGCUAGUUCGCCGUUGCCGUCUGGCCGAUCCCGUCGUGGCGUCGACAAGAUGACGAGCCUGGACAAAUUAAGGAACGUGUGGAAAACCGCGGACGCUGUGACGUUCGAUGUGGAUUCCACCGUUAUCACGGAAGAGGCUAUCGACGAGCUCGCGAAUUUCUGCGGGAAAGGAGAGGAGAUCAUGGAACUGACGAAGCGGGCCAUGCAAGGCGACAUGACGUUUCAGCAGUCCUUGUCCGUAAGACUGGGGAUCAUAAAUCCAAGUCUGACGCAAGUGAGGCAGUUCCUGAACACGCAUCAACCAAAACUGACCACGGGCGUCAAGGAGUUGGUAUCCGCAUUGCAAGCUCGUGGGAAGCAGGUGUUUCUUGUCUCCGGCGGGUUCCGCUGUCUCAUCACACCGAUCGCCGAGCAGCUCAACAUCCCACCUGAGAAUAUUUAUGCAAACAGAUUAAAAUUUUACUUCACAGGGGAAUAUGCGGGAUUUGACGAGACUCAGCCAACCUCCAGAAGCGGUGGCAAGGGAGAAGUAAUACUGCGUCUUAAAGAAAACGGCUUUAAAAUCGUAGUACAUGUCGGCGACGGUUCGACAGACUUGGAAGCGUCGCCACCAGCGGACGCGUUUAUAGGAUUCGGUGGAAAUGUAGUUAGGGAAAAUGUGAAAUCGCGCGCGCAAUGGUUUGUCACGAACUUCGACGAUCUAAUAAAAUGUUUAUAGAUACACGAAUGUUUCCACGAACAGGAGGUUUUGAUGUACUCGAGUCAAAACGUUUUGUAUAAUAUUUUAGUCAAAGAGUAAAAUGAAAUCUGCUUCGACAAAAAGGAUGGUUAUGACUGACGGAUUAAAGAUUAAAUUGAACAUUAAUCAAUGCCGGCAAGGCUUCGAAAAUUGUUCAACGUUUAUAAAUAACACACUUUAUUCUACACAGUACAUGAAAUAUACAAUUACCUUUUUGAUGCAGCAAAUUCUAAAAUCAUGUGCUAUCUAUGUAUACAACAUUUUAUUAAUCAAUCAUUACGAUAUAUAACUGUCGUAAUCCUAUAACCCUGUACAUAAUUACAUUGCAAAGUAUGUAUACAAAAUUGCUUUUUUAUUUGCCACUUUAGGCAAAUCAAACGUCAGCGAGUAGUAAAAUUCCGAUGAAACGAUGCGAUGAAAUACGUAUUUCCCGUUUCACAGAUUGCCACAAAUCUGAACUUACUGUAGCAUAGUUGUCGCAUUUGUAAUAACAUACAAUUCCAUAGU